AGAGAAUCGCUGCUCACACAGAGAAGGCUAAACACGACUUUCUUGAUAUCUGGGAACGAUCUUCUUACGAUCUUCUUACGAUCUGCUUGGCUAUAUCAGUAGCGUCGAUAAGGCGCAGUCGCAAACAUGGCGUCCGGUCCCCAUACCUUUGUAACUAUGGUGGUCUUCUCACCCGAGAAAUACCAAGGAAAUCCACUGGCAAUUGUCGCCGUGCGCGGAAACGCACUCAGCCAGAAGCGCAAGUCCCUCAUCGCCAAAGAGUUCAAGUUUUCGGAAACCGUCUUCCUCCACGAUGCGCCUGGGCCUGGACAGCCGCGGCUCUGCGAGAUCUUCACAGAGACGGGUGAAGAGUUACCCUUUGCCGGCCAUCCGAUAAUUGGGACAGCUCAUUAUAUAUUUUCCUAUCUGGAGAAAAUGCACUAUGGGGGCCCACAGGAUCGUGAUACCCAGCGACAAGCGGCCGUCCUUCAGACCAAAGCGGGCAAAAUCCCCAUCUUCUAUAACCCCUACCGUCAAGUCGCAGCAUGUGCAGUACCCUUUGACUUCCACGAACACUCAGGGCAAGUGCCAAUGGAAAAGCUUAUUGCCACGCAACCUCAGAUCCAGAUUGUUCCAACAAUCGACAAAUCCAAGGACAAAAGGUUCCCCUUGGUAUCCAUAGUCAAGGGAAUGACUUUCGUCCUCGUGGAUUUGACUGACAACCCGGAAAUAUUUGCUGCCCUCCAAGCAGGCAAGUCCCCCGAAGUUGAGCUGGAUCCGGAGUGGUCACCCAGCUUUGUUGGUUGCAUGUACUAUAAAGUCCUGGCCAAGUCAGAGCAGGUUGGAGAGCCUACAAUCCACAACGUGCAAACGCGAAUGAUCUCGCAUGGAAUCGAAGAUCCCGGAACAGGUAGCGCUUGCAGUGCUUUGAGUUGCUAUUUGGCCCUCCGCCGUGAGGACCCGAAGACGUCGGAGCCUGAGGCAGAGGCAGAGGCAGAUUUGACAAAGAAGGCAGAGGAUCUGAAGUUGGCAGAGAAGACGGAAAGAAAAGUGUUCGGAAUUCAGCAGGGUGUCGAAAUGGGACGACUCUGCACCAUCGCUGUAGAGGUCGACGUCAAGACCGACGCGCAAGGUCAGGCGAGUAUUACAAAUGUGAUCCUCAGUGGAAGGGCCAAUGUUCAUCUCAAAGGAGAGCUUGUUGGGCCAUAGUCAGGCGGCCGUCGAAAGGCCCAAACAAGCUUUUGCACGGAUAGAUUGUUACCGAAGCUUCAAUUCUGACCGGAAGUAGCGAGACCCGGUUGAAGUGGUCGAUCUCUUACAGUACUGUGCAAAAGCACGCACGAUUGAAUCGGGAAAGCAGAUUUAUAAUCAAAGUUGUAACAGGGUCUGCCAGUUG